ACGCAACCAAGGCACCACAUUAAAUUCAAGACAUGAUUAAAACCAGUUGAUUUCUCAAAGUCAACACGCACAAUACUGCAAUAUUGCUUCUAGCUACAUGGUUGCCCAACACAGAGCACAGUCCUGAAAACAACUCUGUUGUAAACGGAGACCUUUGAAGUGGUGGCCUGAAAUGAACCGUAGCUGCACGUAGCCAGUUUAUUUUUAACAGGCAUAAAAAAGGCAGCUCAGGGGUCCUUCACGGGCAUCGGCGCGAGAAAACAUUGCAACGAGUAAAGAACUACAACUGAGAGAAGGUCAGGAUGGUGCAAAAAAUACUUAAUAAACUCGUCGGUGCCAAGUACAUAACUAUUCUAAGAACGUGGGUACCAAAUAUGGUGGCCUGGGGAACAGUUGGUGGAGUGGCGCUCAUUCACUUCACAGACUGGCGAUUGGUUCUGGACUAUGUGCCGUACAUUAAAGGGAAGUUUAGCGACGAUGAGUAAAUUCCCACACAAUGAAAUUGACCAGAGCUUGGGAAUGGGUGCACGGGUGGAUUGCUUACACAACGCAAGCUUAAGUAGGAUGCCCUCGCUCAACAAUCAGUCGCUGAGGGCUUGUUAGGAGUUUGGACGAAGAAAUGCACUCUGUAUAAAUGCUGCUUUUGAUCCAGUGUUAUUUAAUGUGAAUAAAUCUUUAAUUGUCCCCCAAUGUGUCAAGUUAUUCUGCAAAAUGUCAUCUAUUGAAAUGUUUUGUUUCAAUUGCUUGAUGUUGAGAGUAUUUUUCUAUUUGGUUUUUAGUGCUAAAAAAAGAAAGAUUAUACUUUAAUUUUCUUUUGCAUGGAGCAGUUGUAAAAGCGUGGCUUUGCACACAUGAUAUUUGCCAACUGGUCUCUACUAUUUGUACUGUAAAAGUAGUGUGAAAUAAAAAUGUUUUUACCGACA